CAUGCUCGCUUAACAGUUCCGGUGACGCUUCGGGAGUUUGUUUACGUUCCUCACAGACUUAGCAGUUGGCUUCUCUGGCUCAGACUCCAAGAUGGGGAAGUCAUUCGCCAAUUUCAUGUGUAAAAAGGACUUUCAUCCUGCGUCCAAAUCCAACAUCAAGAAGGUAUGGAUGGCAGAACAGAAAAUAUCAUAUGAUAAAAAGAAACAAGAAGAAUUAAUGCAACAGUACCUUAAAGAACAAGAGUCAUAUGAUAACAGAUUGCUUAUGGGAGAUGAGCGUGUAAAGAACGGCCUGAAUUUCAUGUAUGAAGCCCCGCCAGGAGUUAAAAAAGAAAACAAAGAGAAAGAAGAAACGGAAGGAGAGACAGAAUACAAGUUCGAAUGGCAGAAAGGUGCUCCAAGGGAAAAAUACGCUAAAGAUGACAUGAACAUCAGAGAUCAGCCCUUUGGUAUUCAGGUUCGAAAUGUAAGGUGUAUUAAAUGUCACAAGUGGGGCCAUGUGAACACAGAUCGAGAGUGCCCCUUGUUUGGUCUUUCCGGGAUCAAUGCAAGUUCAGUUCCUACUGAUGGCUCAGGGCCGUCGAUGCACCCCUCGGAGCUAAUAGCGGAGAUGAGAAACAGUGGGUUUGCACUGAAACGAAAUGUACUGGGGAGAAACUUGACCGCAAAUGAUCCAUCGCAGGACUAUGUCGCAAGUGACGGUGAAGAAGACCCGGAAGUUGAGUUCUUAAAGUCGCUCACCACCAAACAGAAGCAGAAGCUUCUCAGGAAAUUGGAUAGACUUGAAAAGAAAAAAAAGAAAAAGAAAAGUGAUAAGAAAAAGAAGAAGUUACAGAAGAGCAAAAAUAAACACAAAAAACAUAAAAAAUCCUCCUCUUCCUCAUCUUCUUCCUCCUCCUCUUCCUCUUCCUCCUCUUCCUCCUCCUCCUCCUCCUCGGAGACAGAUAGCAGCAGUGAGAGUGACAACAAAGAAAAGAAAGAGAAAGAGAAGAGGAAGAAAAGGAAGAAAACCAAGUGUUCUGGAAAUAAAUCCGGUGACUGUAAAGAGUACAAGUCUAAGAACGUGCUUUAUGAAGAACUUUCUAGCAGCCAUAGUGACAGGGGGAAAGCCCAGGAAAAAUUAAGGCUUCUAAAACAAGAGAGUUCUGGAGAAAAUAGCACAUGGGUCCAUUCUGGUUCUGACCGGAAGUCCAGAAGCCACCAGCACAGUCCAGAGAGGAAAGGGUCUGACAGAAACGGGGGAAUCCGAAGCCGUAGCCGGGCUGAGGGCAGCAGGCGAAGCCGGAGCAGGAGUCCUUGCGGUCAGAAGCACAGGGAAAGGGAGGCGAGGAGCCGGCCCCACCAGAGCCCUAGUGAGGAGCAGAAGGGAAGAAAGGGCACCCGAAGCCAUGGUGACAGCGAGCAUAGAAGAGAGCGUGCGCACUGAGCACCCAAGAGAUACAGAGAGCGGCAGGUUCAACAGAGCUCGGGAGGAACCACCUGGGCAUCAAGAACAUCUUUAGCAAGGGCUGAUGUACACAUUGUUAUCUAAUAAAAAGUCAGUUCAUUUCCAUCUCUGAAAACUGUCCUGUCAAAUAUUAAAGAACCUGUGUGCCGCAGGCUUAAACUUUCAAAUCUUUGCAGGGAAUUUAUUUAGGGUAUAGAAGUGCUGUGGUUUUUGGUUUGUUGUUGUUGUUAUUGUUGUUUUUCUUAUUGGUAGUUGUUUCUUUUGCCUUGUACCAGAUUUAAAAUAUGUAAGUAAUUCUGUGCUUUUGUUGUUGUUUUGAAAUACCAUUAAAACAGUGGCAGAAUCUUGAAUGAUUAUCAAUUCAAAUUUGUUAUUUUAAGAUACAAAUUUGCUUGAAGCAAAAUGUAAUUGUUGAAAUUGACUAGGGUGAAUAAAACACUGGAUACCAA